AGCUAUAGGCGAUGCUCACUGGUUAAUCGGUGGGAGCUUGGCGAUACCAAGUUGUACUUGCAGGGGGGAAUCCAUACCAGUUUCAGUUUGAGGCGUAGAGUGAGCGAGUGAGGAGUCAUGCCGCGGCCGCCAUAUUGUUUCUGGAGCGCGAUACGUGAGCAGGGUGAUGUCUCAAGACCACCCCAGUCAUAAUGAUUCUGGGUCGGGCCCGGUCACCGGUUCUGCUGCUCCAGACUCCAGAGGUUUCCCUUUCAAGGGCGACACAAGAAAAGCUACAAAAGUCAAGAGGCGGAAAACCAAGAAAGAACUUGACAGUGCAAAGUUCAAGUCCCACAUUGAAACCUUCAGGAAGAAGACCCUCCCCCGAGGAUUCCUGCAGAGGAGCAGCGCGGUCGGGAGGACAGGGAUGAACUCGCAGCAGGUGUUCAUCACCGACCACCGCCUCACCCAGCACCAGGGGAUCUUCAAUCGAGAGGUCAAAUCUGUGGACAUUGGGAGGCUCAUGGAGCAGGUGGUGGAGCUGGAUCCAUCACUUACUGGCGCUGACCCCUGCACAUCAGUCAGAAAGACCCCACAAAAUCAGGGGAGCCUCCGAAUUGGCCUUAUUCCAACACCAGAAUCGAAGAAUGUAAGUUCCCCUGAGCAGGAGUGUUCACCGGAAGACGCAGCCCUUAUAUCUGAGCCUGCCGCGUGCAACCAACAGACUGAGGAGAAAGAAGCAGCAGAUGAGCGCCCGCCUCGCCCUCAGAGCGAUGAGCGCCCGCCUCGUCCUCAGAGUGAUGAGCGCCCGCCUCGCCCUCAGAGUGAUGAGCGUCCGCCUCGCCUUCAGAGUGAUGAGCGCCCGCCUCGCCCUCAGAGUGAUGAGCGCCCGCCUCGCCCUCAGAGUGAUGAGCGCGCCAAUCCAGGUAGUGGAACCAGAACGUCUCCUUGCCGAAAUAAAUCCUCGCCCAUCCCGGAGGCAGCCGAGAUCAUCGUCAACAUGCUGAACGCACACUCGCUAUUCCCUGGCCGCAACCUGACGAGCGAGAUCCGACGAGCUAUACUGGAGAAAGUGAGGAAACUACGUGAACCGAAGUCUACUCCACCUGCGGUGCCAGAGCAGAGAAAGCCUGAGUGCAGCCAGAUAGGUGAUGUUCCUGUGCACAGAGAUCAAGCAUGUCCGUGUGCUGCUAAAGAGGAGACAGCCUUCAGGAGAACCCAAGGAGCAAGGCUGCCAAUACAGACGCCCCCCACCCAGGUUCUGCCAUUUCCCAGGGUCAGUCCGGCCUGCACCCUCAUAAAGAUGGUGAACCCAGCUGAACAUCUGAAGCUCAAGGAGAUUCGGCAUCAGCCCACCAAUUAUGGGUCUCAUUAUAGCCCCUCGCGCCCGCAGAUAUCAUCUCACGCUCCUCACAAUAUGCUGAAUAUUAACUCUAAUCGUGAUCCUACUUUGAGUAGACCAGGCAGGAAAACAUCACGUUUCUGUAGAAUAAGGAUUGCUGGGAAGACGACCUGCUCAUCAUUGAAUUCUGGUAGUCCUCAGGUCAGAUGGAGAUUGGCAAAGGACCCACUGACAGAUCCGUCCUAUACACAUAGUGUUCCUCCCGGUAAUAUCGGACACAUCCUCGAUCGGGUUACCAACAAAGAUUGUGUAAGUAGGACGUCCUUAGAAGACAUCUCCUCAGAGCUGCUCAAUCCACCAGGGGUAAGAAUGAAGCGGCGGUUUUCACUUGAUAGAACGUCUUCUGAUGUUUUCUGGGGUGGCAGGGAUCAGAGGUCAGUCGCUACUAAGAUCCCAGAUGAUACGUCCCCUGCCAUGAUCAGGACGUCUUACAGGGAGCAAAGCCCAGCAAGCAGCCAUUGUAGUGGUUUCCUGCAGACGCCGAUCCCUGGGGCUCACGGCUUCCUGAGUGUCUUCCCAUUGGAUUCAUUUGGAGAGUCAGGGAGAGAAAUAAAAAGGCCCAUGUCUUCCUGGCAGGAAGCAGACACAGGGCAGCAUUAUGGGAGGACCAUGCCAAGACAAAGGCACGAGGCUCAGCAUCAUAUCUUGUGGAAUUCACCAUGCCUCCUACAAGAGGAACCCAGAGUGCACAAGGAUGGAGGCAAAGCAUGGAUCCACAGUAAAGACUGGCCACAUGGAAGGUCACGAGGAGAGCAAAGCAUCACGCCUGUAGCACUGUCCCCACAGUCAGUACAGCAGGAAUUCUCCUUCAACCCCUUCCCACGUGGGAACUCUUCAAAGAAGCAAUUGCUAAGCAGGUCGAGCCCUGUGACCUGGACAUACCCAAGGAUGAAGCUGUAUUAACAGAAUGGUUAUAAGAUGUGAUCACUCCUUCCCUUUGUAGAACUGUAAU